AUGAUUUCAUUAAGGAGUAUACUGAGAAGUCCUGCGGUUCAACCGGCACGGAUUUAUCGUACGUUAGCGACAGCUGAUACGUCGGGUAUCAAUGAGCAAGCCAAACCUAAGACCAAGAGAAAGAAGACAGUGUUUUCAGAUUCAUUAAAUAAAGGACCAUCGUUUGAGGACUUUGUGAACGGGAAAGCAGCGGAUAUGUUGGUUGAUCCAUUAGAAGCGGCCAGACAAGAUCCGAACCAAAGAUUGCCCAAAUGGUUGAAGGUGCCAAUCCCCAAGGGAAAGUCGUUUAACAACUUGAAAAAUGACGUGAGGGAGUUGAAAUUAGCAACGGUGUGUGAAGAGGCCAAAUGUCCAAACAUCGGUGAAUGUUGGGGAGGAAAGAAGUCGGAGGCCACUGCCACGAUCAUGUUGAUGGGGGACACCUGUACCAGAGGAUGCCGUUUUUGCUCUGUGAAGACCAGCAGGGCGCCAGCCAAGCCAGAUCCUAUGGAGCCGGAGAACACGGCCGAAGCUAUCAGUAGAUGGGGGCUUGGAUACGUUGUUUUGACCACGGUCGACAGGGACGAUUUAGUGGAUGGUGGUGCUAACCACUUGGCGGAAACGGUGAGAAAGAUCAAAGAAAAAGCACCCCAAAUCUUGGUAGAAGUAUUGGGAGGUGACUUCAGAGGAGACUUGGAUAUGGCUGCGAUUUUGGCAAGAUCGGGCUUAGAUGUGUAUGCCCACAACAUCGAAACGGUCGAGGCAUUGACACCCUACGUAAGAGACCGCAGGGCCACUUAUAGACAAUCCUUGUCAAUCUUGAACAAGGCCAAGGAGACAAAGCCAUCGUUGGUGACCAAGACGUCGCUUAUGUUAGGAUUCGGUGAGACCGACGAACAGAUCAUGCAAACGUUGAAAGACUUGAGAGAAAUAAAGUGUGACGUCGUGACAUUCGGCCAAUACAUGAGACCUACCAAGAGACACAUGAAGGUGGUUGAUUAUGUCAAGCCUGAAAAAUUCGACUACUGGAGAGACACCGCUUUACAAAUGGGCUUCCUUUAUGUUGCCAGUGGUCCUUUGGUUAGAUCGUCCUACAAGGCAGGUGAAGCCUUUAUUGAAAACGUUAUUAGAAAGAGAAGACACAAUGUUGGUGAAACCCCAAGAUUGGCCCAAGAAGUCAACCCAAAGAUUAUAUCCCAAUCCAUUUGA